CUUUGCUAAUCUAUGCAGCCACAUUUUCAGAGCACGAAGCGCCAUUAGGAGGCCAACAGACCAAAGGGGCCACAGGGGCCCACGGGACAUGCGCUGUUUUGGAGUCGACUCAUUAUUUUCUGCUUCUUUCAUGUGAUUCACACUCUGACUCUAAAACAGGGGUGUCAACCUCCCACAGAGCCUGAUCUGUUUGUGUCUCUCUCCCCCUCUCACAUCUUCAUCUGGUUCAGCAGUACUGAAGUCCUUGGCCCUGGGUCCGGCAGGUUGUGAUCUCCGCAGGAGUUAGGGAGCCCCCGCCACGAAGCACGGCCUGCUGCCCUGCAUGCCAGCACAAAAGACCCUCUGUUGCUCUCUCUCUGGCCAAGCCCAGCUUGGCUGGACGGACGGCUCGGUCGUCGGCACACGGGGACAAAUGGAGCGAUCAGGAGCGCCGGGCCGGCAAAUGAGCAGUUAAGCCACGGAGGAGAAAAAGAGAGAGAGAGAGAGAGAGGGAAGAUGCAGAAAAGAGGCAAUUAAAGUGGAGCGGAGUUGGCUCUUUUGUCUUAGGGCAUGUCAAACACAGUGGGGGAUGUCACAGUGUGUCCAGUGCUGGAGGAUGACAGAUGCACGUCGAUGAACCAUCCGCUGACGAGCUAGCCGCGCUCGGGAUGUGUCAUUGUCAUGAUCACCAGAGACAUGAACAAAAUGAAAAACUUCAAGCGGCGCUUCUCACUGUCUGUGCCCAGAACCGAGACAAUCGAGGAGAACGAGUUCACUGAACAGAUCAACCAGCUCAACAUCCGUCACAGUGAAGACCUGGUACCCAACAGCCUGGGACUGCCAUCGCUGCAUCCAGAGCCGAGUCCCUUGGCUGCGGAGGAUGGGGACCAGUCUCCCACCCACUUGCACUACCGCAACAAACACCAGCUCCGACGCUUCUCUAUGGAGGACGUGAGCAAGCGCAUGUCUCUGCCCAUGGAUAUCCGCCUGCCCCCUGAGUUUCUGAAGAAACUGCAAGCAGAGAGCCCGGAGCCCUGCAAACCUCUCAGCAGAAUGUCCAGACGGGCCUCGCUGUCGGACAUUGGCUUCGGGAAACUUGAGACCUAUGUGAAACUGGGGAAACUUGGUGAGGGCACAUAUGCUACAGUGUUCAAGGGACGCAGCAAACUCACAGAGAACCUUGUAGCUCUGAAAGAGAUUCGUCUGGAGCACGAGGAGGGAGCACCUUGCACAGCUAUACGGGAAGUUUCCCUGCUGAAGAACCUGAAGCAUGCCAACAUUGUGACAUUGCACGACAUAAUCCACACAGACCGCUGUCUCACCUUAGUCUUUGAGUACUUGGACAGCGACUUGAAACAGUACCUGGAUAAUUGUGGAAACCUCAUGAGCAUGCACAAUGUGAAGAUCUUCAUGUUCCAGCUGCUCCGAGGCCUCUCUUACUGCCAUAAGAGGAAAAUCCUGCACAGAGACCUGAAGCCUCAAAACUUGCUCAUCAACGACAAAGGAGAGCUAAAACUCGCUGACUUUGGCUUGGCCAGGGCCAAAUCGGUCCCAACCAAGACCUACUCAAAUGAAGUCGUGACACUUUGGUACCGACCACCUGAUGUCCUUCUGGGGUCUACAGAGUACUCUACCCCCAUAGACAUGUGGGGGGUUGGCUGUAUCAUGUUUGAGAUGGCCACUGGUCGGCCCAUGUUCCCUGGUUCCACAGUGAAGGAGGAGCUGCACCUGGUUUUCAGACUCUUGGGAACGCCAACAGAGGAUACCUGGGCGGGUAUCCCAUCCACUGAGGAGUUCCGGUCCUACCUCUUCCCUCAGUACCGGCCUCAGCCACUAAUCAAUCACGUCCCCAGAUUGGACACAGAAGGAAUCGACCUACUCACGGCGUUACUUUUGUAUGAGUCACGGAACCGCAUCUCAGCUGAAAUCUCCCUAACACAUCCGUACUUCAAGUCCCUGGGGGAGGACAUCCUCACCCUACCAGACACAUCCUCCAUAUUCUCCCUCAAAGAGGUGCAGCUGCAGAGGGAUCCAGGCCACAGGAGCUCAGUGUUUCCACAAACAGGACGAGGCAAGAAUCGCAGACAAAGCAUAUUCUAAUGCCUUGGAGGAAAAGCACCUUGAAGAAAUGGAGAUCCUGUUGGACUUCAGCAGAUACAUGAAGAAGGCACUGGGAAGGAAAUGAAUGCUCUUACAGCACUCUAUUCUCAUUCAAAGAUAAGGGGUAAAAAAGAGGUACCGGAAAAUGAAAAAAAGAAAAAAGAUUUUCUACAACACCUCAGGAUAGUAGGUUGGAAAAUCACAGAUGAGGUGGCACACUUAUGAUGACAAAUGUUUUGUUUUUGUUAUACUUUUGCCUUGGAUCCUUCAAACCUGGUUUUCCACCUAAUGGUAUACGAGGUCAUUCCUUUGCUUAGGACUCUGGCUACACUCACAAACUUCUUUCCUCUUUCCUGUACCCUGAUGAUGACACUGAGGAAGUCAUAAGUGUUAGAUUUUGGAUGGAUAGUUCAGUAAACAUGAAUGACUUUUCUGUAUAUUUGUGCUCAGCCUCUUGGUGGAUAUCACCAGUAUUUGGAUGCAAGGAUUUAAAGAAGCAUGGUUCUAUUUCCAUAUUUUCAUAUGAGCUCAUAAUGUGGGGUAUAUUUUGUCAACUUCUGUUUGUGAAAGUAUUAUUUGCCUAUGCCAACGAAGCAGUAUUUCCAAACUUCUAAUAUCAUUUAAAGGUGGAGAUUUGUUAUAUCUUUCACACUGCACUCCAAAUAUUUAGUUUAGAGUUUAUUUUUCCGAACCACACAAUGUCAGUGACCAAUCCCUGACAAGGGCACCUGCACAUGCCCAAGGUGAGGAUUUCAGUAGCUUCCUGACUUGCACAUUGCAGGGACUAUGGGACAAGCAUGUGGGCCUAUUCCUCAGUCAUAUCCUCCUUCUAGCUGUAGUCCCAGAGUUCCUAAGUACGCCAUAAUGUUUAGUAACUGACCCAAACAGAAAUCAUCUCACAGUAUAUUCAAGAAUUUAAGUGAGACUGAGUGAUACAUGUGCUGACUGCAAAUUCCCUGUAGGGGGCAAAAGCAUAAUUGUCAGAGAGAGCGAGAGAGAGACUGAGAGAGGUUUUCUUAAAUUUAUUUAUAUAUAUUCUAUACUUCAACUAUAUUUUAGCGUCACUGGCACAGAGAUACUUCUGUAUGUGUUUUGCUGUGGUAAAUGAAGAUAUUUUAAAUACUUUCUCAGAAAAAGAAAAGUAAUAUAUAUGUAUUUUAACAGAUGUUAUCUUUAUUCUCAGUGAACUUUUUGCCAGACAAAAGAGAAGACUGUAUUAAAUGACACUAGAUGAUGUCUAAUAUAUAUAUAUAUAUAUAUUAAAUAUAUAUAAUUGGCCUAUGCUUAGACUUUUUGUAUAGAAAUGUGAUGUUUAAUAUUUUGUGUGGUUUGUCUACAUGACGAUACUGAAGAUGAAUGUAUUGUGACUGUUGAAAAGCCCAAAGUGAUUGAAUAACAAAUCAUUAAAUAAAAGAAAGUCUAUUACA